GUUACAACUCCGGGAGGUUUGUGUUCCCCUCCCGGCUGCAGCGUCUCCCCUCCACCGGGGCCUCUCCUCCCGGCGCGCUCUGGUUUGGUUACCGGGACUUGCAUGUUGUCUGGCGGCGUCGGCACCGCCACGCAGCCCCGAGGUGCAGUCCGGGAGGGGAGGGGGCAGGCGAGACCUUGACGGCUUCGGGCACGCAACCCAACUGGUCGCGCGCUGCAGCGGAGGAGAGCCGGCCUGCAGGGGGGAGGGGGGGCGUCGCGCCAGCGCCGCGCUCGGCGCACUUGCACUCGGCGGGAUGUCGGACACGGACAGCCGGCCGGACGCGCCGUCGACGACCGGGGCGACGACGGCGACGGCGACGGCCGCCAGCAGCUCGCAGAACCCGCGCACGCCGCCCAACUGCGCGCGCUGCCGCAACCACCGCCUCAAGAUCGGCCUCAAGGGCCACAAGCGCUACUGCAAGUUCCGCUACUGCACGUGCAGCAAGUGCCGUCUGACGGCGGAGCGGCAGCGCGUCAUGGCCUUGCAGACGGCGCUGCGGCGCGCGCAGGCUCAGGACGAGAAGUACCUCGCGCAGCAGGUGGCGGCCGCCGCCGCCGCCGCCGGGUCCCCGCCGCCUCCGCCGCCCCCCGCCGCCGGCGCGGCUGCAGCAGCUUCCUCCUCCUCCUCGCCGCCGCCCCUGAGACCCGCCCCCGCGCGCUCCGCCGACGGCAGCUGCGACUCGUCGUCCUCGUCCCCGUGCUCGGCGCGCGUCAUCUCCGUGCCUGCGCCGCGCAAGGUGGCGGCCCUGCACCCGCCCGACCUCGCCGCCUCCGCGGGGAUCAGCGUGGAGGCCAUGAUGGACGGCGUGUACACGCUGCUCCACAUGUUCCAGUACCAGGUGGAGAUGCUGCCCUUGCUGUUCGUCGUGCUCAGCGACGCUCACUGCGACGUCACCGAGGCGUACAACCGCAUCCUGCAGGGUGAGGGGGGCGGGGGAGACCUUUCUAGACUCGUCAUUGACGUCACGCGCUUGUACAGUCGACAUUUUUAACUGCGACCUCGCUCGCCAUGUUUGGAAACUAAGAAACCCCUCCCACCGUGUGUUCCAAAACAACUCAAGCAAGUUAAAAGAGAAAAAAAAAAUCUAUGAAAGGGCCUAUGUUCAAUACGAAUAUUAGUCAAGUUAAAACCAUGCAAGAUCCUUGAUACUGAUGGUGAGGUCGGACCUUUGUACAGUCAACAUAUUUUACUCUCGUUAUUUGGAAACAACAAAUCUAAAAAAAAAAAAAAAAAGUUAUUUUUUAAGUACACUUUGUGAAGUACUGUGGUAAAAGAAAAAUACAAGAAAGGUCCUAGAUACGAUACAAAAAUAUUUAUAAAUGUUUGCUCUCAAAAAUUUAAUGUGAUACAAGAUCUUUAAUGCUAGGGGUUAGGGUCAGACCUAAAUACAGUCGAAAACAUUUCUACUGUGACAUCAUUCGUGUUAUUUGGAAACAACAAAUCCUCCCACGGCGAAAUCCCAAAAUACCUCCAGGAAGUUAUAAUAAAAAAAAAUGCAUGAAAGGUCCUAUAUUCGAUGCAAAUAUUAGUCAAGUUAAAACCAUGCAGAAUUCUUGAUGCUAAUGGUGAGGUCAGACCUUUGUACUGUCAACAUUUUUGACAGAGAACUUUCUCUCGUUAUUUGAAACAACGAACCCAGAAAAAAGUAGUGUUUUUUAAAGUACGUUUUGAAGCACUGUUUGUUUCAGAAAACUUCACGUAAGUUAAAAGAAAAAUAUAAGAAAGGUCCUACAUACGAUACAAAUUUUAUAUAUUUCUUUUACGAAAAAUUCAAAACCACGCAAGUUACUUGAUGCUAGGGGCGACGUUUGACCGUAGCACAGUCGAAAUUAUUUAAUGAAAAUUCGCUCUCGUAAUUUGGAAGUAACAAAGCUAAAAAAUAUUGUUUUAAGUACUCACUGAAGUACUGUGUUUUUCAGUAAACCCAACGGAAGUUAAAUUACUGAUAAAAGAAAAGUCCAAGAAACGAUAAAAAAAAUAGUAAAUAGUAAAUUCAAAACCAUGAAAUUUCAAGAAAAAUGUUUCAAAUGCUACUCGUCACAUUACCAUAACUUAUGUACAAAUAAAAAAACUUAAUAAAAAACUAUGCCUCGAAAUGUGCUCAUAUUAUUAAGAAAUGAAUACAUAAAUAUAAAAAUAACAUUAACAAUUUUCUUCCUUUCAGAUGUUUACGCAAGUUGUAGAACCUAAUGACUAUGUGUUACAUAAGAGUGUAAGCUAAUUAGGCACAUAUUAUAAUGCUGCAGUAUCAGUCACAUGGAUAUUUAUGGCUCAGCGUGAUGUAAAUUUUCUGAAGGCAGUAAAUGAUCAAAAUAAUUAUAGAAGAAUAUGAAGAAAACUCUGAAGAAUAUUCAAGAGUUUUAUACUGUCUGUGAAACGAAACUGAUGCUAGUAGUUUCGUCUCUUACAAGUAUACUAAUAAAAGUUAACAUUAUUUUAUAAAUGGCCUUGAAAUAUUGUUUGUGCUUCAAAAUGUUUUAUAGUGUUUGUUUACGUAAAUCAAAUUAUUCAAGUUAUUUAUCCAUUUCAUUCAAAGAUUCAAUUUAUUUGACGUGUCCCGGAGAGCAGAAAUAUAAAUGAAUAUGUGUUUAAAUGGAGAAAUACAUGAAACAAAUCUGGAAAAUUAUGACUAAAUAUCAAGGAAGUUGUAUGAUGUUUAUCCCAUUAAUUAUCUGGUAAUAAUGGAAAAAAAUUAUUUGAGGAUAUACUGAUUAUAAAAAUAUAUUAAAUUUAUAGUGACACUUUUAAACGUGUUAAUGACUGCAAAACAAGAAUUAACAAAAUGUCUUACGCUAAGGAUACUAAAAGGAGCACGAUUGAAAAAAUAAAUUGUGUAUCUGAAGCAAAAAGGGACCUUUGAAAGAGCAGAGUUGUUGAUUAAGAUGAGUAAGCAAUUCAAGUUUUAACACUUAAAUAUUUGGUAGCUAUAUCAGUGCUAGUUUGAAAAUUCCAUUACUGUUUACGUCAGUGCAAUUUGGGCUAGAAAUCUGCAGCAAAAAUACCGUCGUAUUAUCACACAUACUUCGCCUGAAAAUGUGCAAUGUUGUGUUAUGUUCUCAUAAUAAUCGCGUGUUACUUAUGUGGUAUGUAAGUUUCAGUAAGUGGAAAAAAAUUCUAUCCGCAGCUUGCAGUUAAAUGUAAGUUAUUUUACCAACAUCAUUGUGAACGCAGGAUUCGAAAAAUAAUUAGUACAAGCACAUUCAACAGUAUGAUGCAUAUUUUAGUUUUUAUGGGCUAACCACAUUUUUUGAAGUGCCCGAAAAUAUGUGUUUUUGAAACCAUCAAGAGACAACUAACGAAGAGGAACAAAGAUGUGUUAACAACCAUCAUAAUUUACAACAUAAAUUAAAGAAAAUACUUUCUAAUUUGCAAAAAAAGUAACAUUUUUAAAAAAAAUUAGUACCCGGUUGCAGUUUUCAAUUCAAGCAGUGAUUAUAAAAACGCAAUUUUAUUCAUUUUGAGUUCUUCAGUGAUAAAGGAAUUGUGGUGAGAACAAAAUUUUAUUUAGAGAAGGAAGCGUAAAGAUAACGAAUUAUAUCUUACCGGAAUAAUCAAGCUUAAAGAAGUAUUACUGAAAAUGUACCUUCACCAUAGUAAAAAAAAUUAAAAUUUAUUAAAUUGAUAUCAUUCUCAGCUAUACAAUUCAUACUUAUACAAUUCUAUCACCAUAUUCUGUUUUUUUUUUAAAGACUUCUGUAUAGGUACUACACUUACUUUGCGACGUAUCUAUUUUAUUAUGGGAUUUGCAGAAAAAAAUUGCUUUUCCACACAAGUCUGGGUUAUCUAUUUAUUGUAUCCAUAAUACAUCAAGCAAUUAAAUAUUUUUUAUAUUCAAGCUAAAAAUGAAUUUCUGCAAGUUUGCACUAUUGACAGCUUCAUGGGAGUACGAAAUGAUUAACAAAAGUUUUCAAAAAUCAAAUGAAUGAAAAAAUAUAAAAGUCUAAAAAAAAUUAAAAUUAAAAUUCAAGCUAUUAAAAAACACAUUUUAAAAAGGGCUCCACUGCAUCUACAUCUUUGAAGAAGAGAAUUUACUUCAAAAGUUCAUAUCAAGUGGUUAUUGUUUUAUUUUUAAAACAGCUUAUAUCUGUUUUAGUUUAUGUGAUUGUAAAGUUAUUGUGAAGUGUGUUGUAUUAAACAACUGUGUAACACAUCAGAGACAGCAUGAAUGCAAAAAAAGGACGUGGUAUUAUAGUUGAAAAAAAUCAUAUAAUUAUUAAACAAGAUAACGAAUAUCAGAAAAAUUUAAGUGUUUGUCAAAUAAUUUGAGCUAAAGACAGCUGAGUGUAAUUUCAGUGCGGUAGUUACGUUCAUUGUGGAGGCGUUUUCAUAGUGUGAAAUAGUUAUGAAACCAAUAUAGUUACGAAAUAUGUAAUUGUGUAUUUGUGGGUAAUCAUAAAAAAAAAUACAAAAUUUGAAAGCAACUUUUCAGUGGUAAAUCGAAAAGUGUUUUUCUUUUUCAUAGUGGAAGUAAAAAAAAAAAAAGAAGACAAUAGUUUGAAGUGCGCUAAUAACGGAUUCUUUUUACAACGAAGUCAUUUCUAUUGAAACAGCCAACUGACUGAAAAUGCCUUGAAGAAUAAUUCUAGCACGUGUUUCAUAGUGAGAUUUAAAAUGAAUGUGUGAGAGUAAUAACAGCAAAUGUGCAUUAGUAAAAGUAAAAAAAAAAGUAAUUUUGAAAUGCCCAUGUGAUGGAAGUAUGAAUAUAAUUUAAAAAAAAAACUUAGUGUGCGAGUAUGAAUACGCCUUACAGUCUUAAUAGUAUGUAUCAAUAAACGAAUGAGAAGGUCUAAUAAACCAAUAUACAAUAAAAGAAAACACCUCGAAUAAUGAUACUGGCGUGUGCUUCACGGUGUGAUAUAAAAUAAAUUUACUACAGAGGAUAUGUGUGGACGGCUCCCGAGAUAUAUAUAUUUUUUUUAAUGACCACUCAGUUCCUCCGCUAGACGAGGCAAAUCGUGGGAUCGUCUGUAGGUACUGAGAAAUACACACACAGACACAGGAAGCACAAGAGCUGCGAAGUGUUUUGUUUCGCGCGCGCAUAAAGCGCCUCUUAACAGCAGCCCAGAUGACCUUGCGUUGCGUUGCGUUGCGUUGCGUUGCGCGCGUCUCCUUUCGAGAUCAGCUCUGCAAUUUCUUUUUUUUCUUUUUUUAUGUGUUUUUAGUGCGUCUGACGGGAGUCGGGGCUGAAGGAUGAAGGGAAAGGUUAAGGGGAGAGCGGAGAAGGUACGGUGCACUGGAAGGAAUGGUUCCUGCCGUAAAACCGCUUCAUCUUUUUUUUUUUUUUUACGAGUCGCGGCUCGCUCAGACGACGUCUGGCAUGCGCUCCAGACAACGGGGAGCUCUCUUGUCGUGGAUUCUGCGACCCUGAAGGACGUUAUCUUCGUUUGGAGAUGGCCGCCGCCGCCGCCACCUGUCGGUCUCUCCCCGAAGCAUCGCGGCUCCAGAGGCCGAGUUUAACGCAAUGCGCGAUCCCGCAUUACACGAACAAAGCGGGAUUCGUCCUCUGGCAAACAAGCUGCGCAACAGUAUCUCCGAAACUUUCAAGUAUCAAGUUGAAAGAAGAAGAAAAAAUCAACGGUUUAUUUUUAUUCCAAAGUAGUGAACAGCUGUAAACUUAAAAUAUAUAUGUUAUAUGCAAUGUUAAAAGUAAACUUAAUUGAAAACUAUAACGAUUAUAACUUUAAUGUAUAAAUUUUUACUUAUAUGACUACACCUUUAAGUAAAUUUACAACGAGUAGUGUUUGAUUGAUAUUACUAAACGAAUAAGAAGUAUUAAAUACAAAUCAAUGAAAUAACAGCACUUUUCAAAACGGAGCUGGUGUGAGGGUUGGUAUUUUUUUUCGUUAUUAUAAGAUUUUUAUUGCAAGAAAUCCAUUUGCUACACCUAACUUGCAGCUCAGCAGGGCCAAGAACACCCCUCUUGGUUACGCUCAAGUCAGACUUGAUGCUAAUAAUCAGUUUAGACGUUUCAAUAACCAAACGAAAUAACAGAGGGGAAAAAAACGAGAGUUUGAUAAUGUGUUAAAAUUUGUGAUGUGUUUGGCUAUCGCAUUCUGCACCGUUGUGUUCUGGAGAAAAAGGCACUCAAGGGAAAAUCCUUCUUCAGGGAUUUACAGAGAAAAUUUGUGGUACUUGCAUAGUAAUGCUGUAUUCUAUAUUUAUAUUAUAGUACCUUGCAUGUCUACGACCACUUCUUACGUUUUCAGAACAACUUUAAGGAAUUUUCGAGGUCACCAGGUACGCAUGUUGUUUUUGCUAUUAAUUGUUUAACAUGAAAGAUCUGCAAUGAAGAAGAGAUGGUCUCAAUGUUUCAAGGUAAGUUGUAUGUAUGAAAUGCCGGCAUCAUACCUCUAAAAUCAAUUACGUAAUAUUUGACACACAAAUGCGAGAUUUCAUAAUAAAAGAUAUGUUUUUAAUCUCAGUGGUUUAUUUGAAGAAACUGAAUCUAUAUUCGUUUACUUUUAUAACAACACAUCACGAGUCAUCACUACUACGGAAAUUCGUUUGAGAAUGGAAAAUGUUUUAAGUGUAUUAAAUAGUUAUAAUUAAUCUGAAAAGGAUAUUUACAUUUGAAGACCUGCAUCUGAAGAAAUAUAAAUUUAACAUGUAUAUAUAUUUAACACGGAGAAGAAAAUUAAGUGAAAAUACAAUAAUUUAAGUUGACAAUUACUAUAUGUAUAACCAAUUACUUCAUCCAGUAUAUUUUUAAGGAACAUGAUUAGGAAUUAAAAUUCUCUUUACCACUAUAAAAGUGUUUAUAUGAAUGCGUAUGUGAAAACUCGUAAGUGAAAAAUUUCUUUGGUUUCAAAAGAUUCUCUACAGUAAUGAUAACUUCAGAAAUACUUGAUACAAAAUUUAAAAAUAUUUUAUUUUAUUCACUGCUUUCAUAAAAUUAAAUUCUUUGAUCAGAAUUACAAUAACUGUGUGUGUUGCAUCAAGAAAAAAAUGAAGAGCAUUUAAAUCAAGGCCUUAUGGCUUGAAUAAAUAGCUGAUAUUCAAUAAGAAGGGGAAUUCAAACAUUAGACGUAACUAAAAAUAUAUAACACUUGUAACAAGAUGUAUAAAUUUCAGUAAAAUAGAAGUUUGAUUGAUAAAACCAUUAUACAUAUGCAAAGCACUUAUUAACUGUUUGUCAACAAAUGUAUGGACGUAAGCAAUGUGAUGUUCAAAUCAUGGAACUGAGCUUAUGUGCUUAAAAUUCCUAUCUUAUAUUAUUAAAAUGCAGCUUGCAACAAUAAGUACAAGUCACAACUUGCAAUUUAGGUCUACCCAACGUCAACAGCGAAAGGAUGUUUUUUACCUUGAAGACAGCGGAUAAGGCAUAUCAUGAAAAAGUCAUUUCACCUUGCUCUUAUAUUUAUUGUGGAAUUCCGCUUGAAUCUGCGCACAUGGCUGUAAUUUUUAUAAAUUUAUAUCUCUACUUUUUUUCUUUUCUUAUGUUGAAUGUGUGUAGAAACUAAACCUUGAUUACCUUGGUGGAACCAGUUACAGAAUAAGUGUAUCCAGUUGCAGCAAGUUAUUAAAUACCUGUUUCUACACUGUUUAUGCUUUGUAAUGAAGUAUAACAAAAAAAAAUUCGACCUGAUAGAGGACAGCACUAAGAAAGGAGAUAAAAUUUGGCUGAUGUUAAUUACUAUAGCAAAUUCGUUAGAUUAUUUUAUGUCUAUGUGCACGUGAAUUCUUCAAAUUAAUUAAAAUUGUUCCCAAAACAAAUUCAACCUACUCGUUCCAUUUUAAAGUAAUUUAAAACUGAACAGUAAUUUGAGAAAGCCCGUGUAUCUCAAAAAAAUGUGCAUUGAAGUAAUAUAUUAAUUAUUACUUAGGCAUAAAAUACUACUUAAGACGUUUUUUUCCGAGUGUUUGUGCGGAAAGAUAUUUCUCUAAUCUGAAAAUUAUAAAUCUACAUAGCUUAUAAUGUACUGGAUAAAGAAAAGCUUAAGUAUAUUUAUUUAAAUGGAAUAUAAUGACCCACAAUUUCACUGACUGAAUUAAAAUUCUUAAUUAUCAUAUAUUCAAUAUAUUGAGUUAAAAUAUGUCACGGCAUUUCUGUACAGAAUAAUUUGAUACUUAUUCUCAUGUACAAGUGAGUGUGACUGCUUCAUGUAAAUUCAUGUUAAUUCUUAACUCAAUUGUUCGAGCUUUAUAAGUAAUUUAAAACCUAUGUAAGCAAGAUUUUAUGUUUUAAAUGCUUGAAUAUUUCCACAAGUACAAAACAAGAUUAGAUUGUCAUCCGUACUCCAAAACAUGACGAACAGCUUUUGUUUGUACAAGUCUGGAAAAUUAUAAACGAAAAAAAAAGAGCUGGAAGACUGUAAAUAAGUCAGAUAAAAUUUCAAAAUGGCUGGAAUAUUUUUAUAGACCACGAAGUUUAAUGGUUCAUAAUUUAAAAAUUAAUCCAACUGUUAUAUCAUUAAAAAUGUUUAAUUCUGUAAAGUUGUCGAUUUUAUAUGUAGGCCCUAUAUAUAUUUUUUGUGGAAGUGUUGCAAAGUUGGUUGAUUAUAAUGCAUUAAUUUGUACUGUGACAUAAACUGGCACCAUUUUGUAGUCAAUGGGUCAUUUGUCGAAGGAAAUGAAAAAAAAAAACCUUAUCGUGCAAAGAGAAGAAGGUAAAUCAAGACAGGUAAAAGUUGGUGACAAGAAAAUUUUUUUGUAAGGACGUUUUCUGGUUUAAAAAUUGGUGUAUCUGUCAGAUUAUUGGCCUCUCUCAAGAACAUUGCCUGGCAUUCCCUGUCCAGUUUUUUUUUUUUCCGGAAGUGAGGAUUACUAUGUUUCGGAACCAGGAUUUGGUAACCGUGCGGUGACCGACAGUGGCGUGUGGAACCCCGGAUCUCUUUGCAAAUUGAGAACUUAUUUGGGUUUCACCUUGUGCACUUCAUAUCGCAUCAAGUCACGGCGGGUUAAGGCUUGUCUCGCUCAGUGAGUAGCCGGAUCCGUAAAAAAAAAAAAAAAGUUACUGUCCGCCCACCGGCUGCUCGGCCCUGCGCUGCGUGUUGAGACCUGCCCAAGCGGGGCAGAGGAGCCCGUGGGCGGACAGUGCAGUGCCGCUCCUAUAGGGUCGCGCGCGCCGUCAUAAACAGUCCGGUGACAUGGUCGGGGAAUGGUUGGGUGAGGGAAGGGAAGUUGCUUUCCUGCACGAUGAAAAGGGAGGGGGGGAGGAAGGGCACGUGACCGCCGCCUCGUCGCGAACGCUCCCCUCCCCUGGCGAUCAGCCAAGGCACGCCUAGAGUCGCGAGCUGUAACUCUCCGCCGCCGACUCGCAGCCCGCGGAAGCUGACUGGCAUUAAGUCGUCUCCGACUCCCGCGGGCCCCCGUGGAUUAACGAAUGUCACGUGGGGGGAGGGGGUAGUGGAAGGGGGAUGUGUGGUUUACGGCGUACUCUCGAGCCGACGAAGGGAGGGCGUCUCCGCGUUUGACUGACGGCGCUGUGAUGUGCGAGGGCGUAAGGCGGUUGAGAGGGAAAUCCUAAAAUAAAAUAAAAAUAAUCUUCAUAAAAAUCGUAUCAUUCCCUCCAACAAAAGGAAAUAAAUUGAAAGCAAAUAGAGGGAAUAGGUGGUUGGUGGUUCUAUACCUUCUCCCCUUCCACACACGAAAUAAUAUUCUGCGUACUCUCCUGGUGACGUGUGCUUGCUGUCGCGACCUCGCUCUAAACCUCAAACAACGCCAUAGUCUCCGUCGGAAUCGGUGGAAUCUAGCCGAAUGCCGGAGUUUUCGACUCUCGGUUGGGAGGAUCGUACCCGGAAUUUUCUGCAGGUGGGAAUCGUGGCGGACUUUUUCGUGAGACGGUGGGUUUUAUCGGUGCACUUCUGUUUCCUCUACUCGCCCCUCAACGUAAAAAAAAAAUACCGCCAGUGCACCAUUUUCCUCUCAUACCCUCUCCCCCCUCCUUCAUCUUAAAUCCACAGAUCAGUCAUCCAACUCUUUGCCUCGUCAAGCGCAAUAAUUUUCCACUCAAUUGACGGGUAAUUCACACUGAAUUUUUUUGUUUACAUAUGCUACUCAUUUCCAGUUAACUAAUUUGGCAACCUUCAGAAUAUAAUUAGCUGUAGUUUUAGUGAAAAAACAUUUCAUUCAUUCGAAAUUACAAUUUAUUUUUUUAUUUUUUAUUUUUUUAGAUUUAGAUUGCAUGUCGUUCCAUCUUGCUGCGUGGUUUUUGUUUAACAGAAAAUGCCAGUUUAGAAGUGGUGGAAUUUAAUUAAUAUUAUAGAGUAAACGGUAUAAUCAUAAUAAGUGCAGCACAUGCAUCAACGGCCAGAAUAAAUACAAAAUUAUGAUAAAUUUACACUUAGAGGAAAAAGGAAACUGUUUUUAUGUCGGUUAGAGAAUAAUUUUAUCAGAAUGGAUCCUUCCAAAUAAUGGAAAUCAAAAAGGCCCUCACUUUGGGGGCUUCAGAGAAUCCUACAGAUUUUCGGCCUCUGGAUAGCAAAAUUCAUUAGUUACUAAUAACUAGGGGCGUGUGUUUUCCGCGAAACAAUCCGAUAGUUAGACUGCAACAAAGUAUAACACGCGCCAACAGUUUCUCCGUUGUAAUUGGAGGCCGUCUGCACGAGAGAAGCCAAUGUCACACAUGACACGGCCAAUCAGGACGAGUUUGCCUCCACACAACAUUGCUGCUAUUUGUGCGUUGGUAUUGGCAGUGAAGACGGAAAUCAAACACUCACGAAACACACGGUACAAUGUAUUGACACACGAUUAGGCUGGAAAUGUCUUCACGAAAAGUACAUUCCCUUACUAAACAAGUGUUUUCAUCGUGACAGGGCAGGAUCCCAUGUGGAAGGCCGGGAGGGAGUGGUAAUCCACUUCGACAAUUUUAAUUAUUUUUAUGAGUAAGUUUUCUUUAAAAUGGUAUUUAAAAAGAUGAUUAAUUGUCACUCUGAAAUUACGGGGAAGCGUAGAAUUCCCAACAUUUUACACAUUAAUGUUUAAGAAAUUAUUUCGCUUGAGAAAAGAUAACUGAACCUUUAGAAAUUUGGUUUUUAUUUAAUAGUUUUUAGGUCUUUGUUUGAAAUUAAUUAUUUGAUGGUAUUAUCAAAAUAAGUCAUAAAUUAAUGCAUAUAAAUAUUAAUGUUAUCAAAAACAUAAAACACACGUCAAGUUAGUUUUAAAUACAUGCAUACAGUAACACGUGCGACACCACCCUUCAUAAAAGAAAUAUACUGAAGUUUCUACGCGGGUGGUGGACACAAAAUUUAAAGUCAGAGGCAAUCUCGAGUUACCCUGAAUUAAGCGUCUAAUCCUCUUACCUUAACUUGAACGCAAACACAAUAAAAGGCUUAAAAUGUUGUUCACUGCUCUCUUUACUUUACGAAAAUUGAAACACAGUUAUAUUGCAAUAUCCAAAACGAUAAUUACGGCCUGGGUGAAUACACAAUGGUAAUCUAUACUAGCUACCAGGGUGCACCUCCGAUUUACCCAAUUUAGAUAACACAUUAAAAAUGAAAAUACAAUAAUACUAAUUACAAUAAACAAAAUACUGUUACCGCGCAUCAAUAUGCGCUAACCCAUGCUUCCAGCCCAUGGCAAUUAGAGUCUUUCAAUCUUGACGUAAGCGUUAAAGUAAAUCCUGAUACGUACCGUAAUUCUCAUGCUAAAUACAACAAGAAAGACAAACUUAAUUUUACAAAGUUUCACAAAAACGUUGGAGAAACGUUGGACGUCACCACGCAUGAUGUCAAACUGUCUUAUGACUCGUGACGGUAAAUUAAUUGUACAAAAUCUCGUGUAAGAAACACUAAAGUCUUUUCUUCGCACCACCCUGGUGUUCUCAACAGGCUUGCGUGGGAACCUCAGCCUGUUUGCACUUGCUCGCGUCGCAAGCAACUUAUAGCCUGACCCAAACAUAUGGGCCGCGUCCAUUUCUCUUUCGUAUUGCAUGUAAUCGUCUGGACUAGCAAAUAACUUCCCAGAAACACACGAGACGUAAGGAAGGUAUUGGUUCAUCUAAUUAUUACCGUAUCGCCGUAAUUAUUAGAUCGAGUUCGUCACCACUACUUCUUAUCCUGGAGCUAUUUCGGAAGUCUCCCGACUGCAAGCCAAAUGUUUCAUCAUUGUGCCAACACUCUCGGUCACGAUAGCUUCUGUGUUGUUAUUGGUUAUUUAUGUAUUAUCUUGAUACCGAACAUCAUAUUUAUGCUUUCUGCGCACAAACUUGCAACGGAAGGCGAUACAUUAGAGUUUUUUUUUUUUUUUUCAGUUUAAGUACUUAGUUGGGGGGAGGGGGACUUGUUGCUACACAUGACAUCAUACAAGCAUUCAGAAACUCUCCAGUACCUGUUGAUCUGACGUACAUAUAUGAGUGAUCUCCAGCGAGGCUCGGAGACAGAAGACAGCAAGGGGCGUACUCAUCCUCACUUAGGCCGGUAUUACAAGACACAAAAAAUAAUGGUUUAAGUGUUGAAUAUGCUACACCUGUUUCCUAACCAUAUUCCUAGUGCACUAUACGACACGGCCAGUCCCUUUAGGAUUUUGGUGUCCUAUCCGUUGCCGAUAAGUUGCCCAAAUUCCGCGCAUGCGCAGAGAUCACUUUUUCGUUGAUUUCGUUCAGAUGGCGGACCCGCGUCUGGGGCCAUUUAACUCGUGCAUAAGUCAUUUUUGUGAUCAUCGGGGGACGUACCAAGCGUAUUGGUGUGCCAAUGAAACUGCCGUAACAGUUGUGUCGAUGGUUGGGAAACGUCCGCUAGAAUGCGUUGAAAUCAGUUUCUAGCCUCGCGCAGGACAAAGUUUAUUAGAAAGAUCUGUUUCCUUGCCGGGAUUCGGUUUGGAACACCUACUGGAAUACGGCCAGCGAGUUAGAUUACGGUUGCGUCCCAACGAGGCAGUGCUUAUUCGCUACCUUACGCGAACGUCUUGAUAAAACGUCCAAAAAAUUGGUUGUCUGUAAAGUCGGUUUACGGACUAUAGUUUAACGUGACAACGUCAUUACAAAACAUUGAUGAAAUUAUUGCAUACUUUUAUGAAUACAAUUGAAUCAUUUUUAUUGAAUUAUCACUAUUUUGUAUGGAUACAAAGAAGGAGUGAAAUGAAAUCUACAAUUCAAUUGACAAAUUUACUUUUAUUUGCACUCGUUAAUUCAAAUAUGUUUAUUACUUUAACGAACAGAUUAUUUUAACUAUAAAUUUUAUACAUGUUUGCUGUUUAACUUCUUCCAAUCUGUGUUAUUCUGUUAAGGAUAGUACGAUGAUAGGGAAAGUAGGAAACGAAUGGGAGUGUUUCAAGUUUAAUGUUACCUCGAAAAAGUCAAAUAUAUGGUUGUUCCAAUCGAGUGGAAGAGAGAUGGAUGCGGCGCAAGCGUACAAUGAGCGUUAACGGGACAAUGUGCGUAACGGAACACAUUUUCGUGCGUGCAAGCCAGCCAGCGUUCAUCGAUUUAUUAGACGUUGUCACGCCAAAAAUGCUACGUACACUCGUGGAGAUGAUCAAGACGAGCACCACGAACGCUCGUCCGGCCAGGCCAGCCGUCGCCGGCGGACAGGUGCCGCGACUCCGGAGGCCGUUGCACGCGGGCACAUCGCGGGGUGCACCGGGAGCUCGCGCACCUCCCCGGCGGUCGCGCCGAGCAGGAAGGCGCCACUUAUAGAAGCAGUGCCAGUGCCCCCCGUAAUGACUCUCCCGCGUCGGCCAACAGGUGUGUCGCGGUUCAUUUCAGUCCUCCGUGUCUCGUCCGGACGGCGCGGCGCAGCGGUAAUUGCCGAAUGCACGGCGCGCAGCUGCCCGUCCGGGGAGUUUCGCGUCGCGUCGCGUCGCGUCGCGUCUCGUCUCGUCUCGUCUCGUCUCGCUGCAGGGCGAGACAGUCCGCGAUGCAGUCUGAAGUACGUUCACCUCAAACCGCUCUCCCCCCCCCCCCCUCCUCCGGGUCCCACCCGGGCGCACACACACGGUGCGCACGGGCUUCAGGAAAAAAAACAGCGUGAUCUGAAAAAAUAAUCAAGAUAUCCGAGCAGGUUUUUAAACGAAAAACACUUAAAAAAGUUCGCUGUGCGCCGAAAAGUAUACUUUUGAUCUCGGAUUAAGUUUUUUUAAACUGUAUUUUUUUUAUAAGUGUUAAAAUGGCUGAAAGGCGUGUUUCCAGAGGAAUGUUUGGGCGUUAAACAAUUGGUCAAGAUUAUUGAAAGCACUUAUAGGACUUGUAUUACAUAUUUAAAAUCAUUUAAAUUUAAUAUCGUGCGAGUUUCGUAUUAUAAACGUAUUUGCAACAUGAGAACACAUUAAAUUAUGCUAGUAACCGCAGUUAGAUGUUACUACAUAUCUGACGAGUAGGUAGUGAAAGUCUUACUCAUAUUUGCUUUCAGUUAUUUGCGAAAAUUAUAUUAGUGAUUUCGCUUAAAUGAUUUUGUUUUUAAGAUUUUAUGAUCGGACUAUUUCUAUUUACCUCACUGUUUUUAUUAGCUACAUUUUACGGGAUUAUAUAUAUAAUCUUAUCAUACUAUCAAAACAUUCAAAAACUUGUAAAGACUCCUGCAAAAACACACUUAUUACUUCUACUUCAUAUUCGCCUUAAAAAUUCCCACUCGGAAGUAGAAAUACGGCCGUAGAUUCCACGGAAAUUCAGUAGAGGAAGUUACGAAGAAUUCUUGAUUUAUUUGAGGCGAAUUCUUUGCUGUAAAGUCCGUAAAUUUACUGUGAUUACUAAGAGUUUGGCUGCGUGGUAGUUUUUUUUGGGGGUGUGGGCGGAGGGGGGGGGGGGACACUAGUAGGUGAGGACGUAAUGAGGUGUAGGCGUCCUAGCAGAGCGAACGAUUGCUAAGUUUAAAACAUUAUUUUGGACAUACGCCAUUGUUAAUUUUCACUGUGUGUCAUAGAGAAAACCCGAAGAACGGACACAUAAAGAUAAAUACACAAACACACAGAAAACAAGGCAAAAUCAGUCGAUGUCAAAUGGUAAAUUUAGUGACAGCAAGAAAAUAUAACAUUAUUACAGUGGAGGCGAACACUGGCCUUACAAUAAUGAGACAGUUGCAAUAAAAUAAGUACGUAAAAAAAAAAAAACAACAACUUUACGUAAAUACAGACGAACAACGACUGUGGAUAACACAGCGACAGAGGAACCCAACGAUGAACAGAUAAUUUAGACUACACACUGCAUAUGCGAACCCAGCGAUGGAAAACAGGUAUUCUGACAACACAACCACAACAGCAAAGUCGAAUAUAGUAUAUUCCCCAAGACAAAACUGUUGCGAUGUUUCAGGAACUGUGAUCUGUUCCCGUUAUCAUUCAUAUGCAUACUGAUAGAGGACACUGCUGCAUUCAGGUAUCGUAGCAUUCGCUAAGAUUUCGCGGUUUCGUUUCAGUAGCAAAGUAAACUGAAAACACAUAGCUACACUGAAAAAAAAUGCUGAGAUAAAAAAACAUAACAGUUCUAUAAUAUGUUUGGACGCUAUACUGGAAUUUGUUUUGUAAAUGGAACAGAAAUAUUCAUGUAAUUACAGAUAUUUGUAAAAUUGUACAUUUACAUGAAAACAGCUGCAUCACUAUAAAAUAGUGUUCGCAGUGAUACUGGGUUCAGAUUCUCAGGCGGACAUUUAUGCUUUGUUAUAUCCUAGUACCUCCAAUAGUUAAGUUAUUUGUAAACUGUUCCCUGAAUAGCUUUCCAGUAAUAAAUGCGCUCAUUAAUAAGCAUGAUGAAACGAAGAAUUUCAAAUUAUUGAAUAUUCUAUUUUCAUUUCUAUGUUUUCAAAAAAUUAUGCUUGAAUGAAACAUCAAUGAAAAUAUAAAAUUAAGCGCUAAUUUUUUUUUAAAGAAGUGUUAAGUAUUAUCUCGAAAAACGUAUUUCAUAAAUGCAAAAAAUAACCAUAGCUAUGUAUUGUUCUUGUAUUAUUUAUUACAAACUAUUUCUUGGUAACUAGUUUCCAAAGGAAUCUUCUGUAAAAGUACAGAAAUUUUUUUCUGUGUAACGUUCUGUAUUGUUUGGGGAUUUACAAAAAAAAAAUACUUCGUGGACACAAACACUUAUUUCUCCGCGCGGCACCUGCCACAAACGUCCAUGGCGUAGAUGGAUUAGUUCGCGGGGGGCUUUCAGCGUCUCCGCCACGUAACCGCGGGACGUGCGGGAGAGCAGGGUAGCGAGGUGACUUCCCCCUCGUAGUUCCCACAACCCGAGAACCCCUCGCGGCUCGCCAUAAAACGGGGCGACGCACAUAAACAUGCGAACACGCGCGCAAUAAACGCUGCAAGUCGGCGCGAAUGAAGAGGAAGGGUUCGGGGGAAAAAAAUCUGCGAGCUUUUAACCCCCCCCCCCCCCCCUUCACCCCUUCCUAUCACUGGGUUCCCAAGGGAUCGUGUGUGUAUACAGUCGGAGCGAUGCGCCGCGCACAGAGAGCUGCACUGUGCGCAUGCGCUGGCGCAAUGUCGCGCAUACUAAUAUAUCCCCCCCCUUUCCCCCCCGGGCUCCACACUUGCUAUGGCCUUCUCAACAGUGGGCCGUAAAAGCGCGCCUUUACUGCCCUCGGCUGUCUGAUGGGAGCCGUCAAGUUACACCUUUUGCCCCGUCCUCCUUCGACGCAGUUUUCAAUGCCCGAUACUUCCAGCAGUUUGCCGUAAAUCUCGGCCGUAGAUUCGCAACGGAAUGGUGCCAGUUUUGAGUCACGUUAAGUUUUGAUUACGUCACAUCUCCUUCGUUGAAUUUAAAUACUCAAGUUCCAAACUGAGAAUUGCAGUUUCUCCUUUGUGCUGUACGAAACUGUUAUAUUAUGCUAAUUAAUGAUGAAACAUUUUUGUGAAUUCUUCUUUUUCGCAAGGAUACGUUAUUUUAUUAAAAGUUAAUGCGUGAUUUAAAAAAAUUACUCUGUUUUAAUAAAUUAUCAUAUAAUCAAUUUACUAUUUUUAUUACAACUUACUUUGCUUCAUAACACACUAAAUUUUCUGGAAAUAUAAUUGCAGUGCAAAACAGCCCCUGCUAGCAACGUUAUCUAGUCUCAACUACGCAUUUUCUUAAGGAUUUAUAGAAAUGAAAAUUUUGUCACAGUUUUGCAUGAUGAAUCGCCUACCAAAGCAAGGCUGGCUUCAAUGUGGAGUGCUCGUGAAAUGUGUCAUAAAAAAGGUACAUAAGUGCUUCACGAAGGAAGAAAACAAAAAUUAAUAGGCUCAUGUAUAGACUGUGCGAAAAAACAAUGAAAAACACAAUGGAAAAAAAUUAGUUUCUGAAUAUAUCUUUAUUUACAAAAGAAAAUAAACUGUUAUAUGUAUAUAUUUAUUUCAAAAAAAGUAAUUUUAUCAUUUACCUCAUGAAAAUGUCUUUCACGUGUUUCCGCCAUUGUUAAAUUUUGUAUGCUGGAUUAAAAUAAUCACAAAGGUAACAUCAUGUUCGUGCAUCCCAGAAAAUCAAUCGCCUAGGAACAACAACAUAAAAUAUUUUUUAUAUGUUUCCAUGUAAUUGUGAUUGAAGCAACUUCUCAGUGUACAUGAGGCGUGCAAAACUAUCUAGAGCAAUGGUAGCGAUGCAUAAAAUUCUGCUUUGAAGAAAUCAUCACCAAAAUCCAUACGAUGGUUACAAUAUAUCCCUGUACAUAAUGACAAAUAAUUAAUCUUUGGAAAUGUCCGGAAGACUCUUUUGAACGACGUGUCUUAUAUGUAUGUAUGUCCAUAAUAACAAAACAAUGUGAAUAUACUCAUACGAGGAAAUUUUUUAUUUUAAAUAAGGCUAAUGAGCGACUUCGCUGUUCGUAUGUAUCACAAAAAAUUAUACUUUAUUACAAUUUUAUGAUUAAACAGAAAGAACAUUUAAAAUGUAAAUACAGCCAACUCUAUAAAGGAUUUUUUUUUUCAGUUUGUGUUUAGAUGGACGUACUAUAAUCAAAAAGAAAAUCGUGCCACAAUUUUCAUGCUAAGGUACGUAUUCUUAUCGUGAAGAACUAGUGACAAUGUCGCACGUACGACGCCUCAAGUUUAUUUACAUGCUUUCACUUCAGUUUCGCCUUGAGAAAGCGGCAGAAUAAAGUACACACAUGAAGAAAAUGAAACCUUGCAAGGCAUGUUGAUUGGGAAAGGGAGGGAACAAGGGGAGAGAGGGAGAGGGAGAGAGAGAGAGGAAUGGUUGGCUCUGGUUUUGCGUUAGUGCAAGGAGAAAACUCCUGUUUAGCCUGUGUCACGUUAACUUGCCUCAAAUAUAGGCCCAGCUGUCACUUACAAAGCACUGACAACCACGUGUCAAGUUGUUUCACAAACACUGUAGGCAGAACUGCAGCGGCAGAAUAAUACGUAGACCACUGGUUCUAUACUUUUGAGAACCGUCGGAUAUUGAAACACGUUACAUGCCACAGACUAUAAGGCGUCUACAAAGGUGAGCCUUGCAGACUGGACUGCAAGAAGCGGAAGAUAUGGCGCCCUCUUUUUGUUUGCGCACGACGACGCCGGGGUGAAGAGUAAGAAGGAGAAGAUGAAGAGGAGGAGGAGACGCGACAAGCAAGGACACGGCAAACAGAAGAAGACUGUGUCCGCAGCUCCGCAUUGCCCGCCGUCCUUGCGAAAAGACGCCGCCGCUGCUACCCCCGCGACCAAAAAAAGGCUGUAAAGCAGCCCCCUUUUUUAUUGCUUUAUUGCGUCGCUUGCAGCGCGGAAGGCUGUAUAUAAAAGAAAACAAUUUGCAACCAUUAUACCUCGACCAUGGGCGAAACAUAUAACAGGUGGGGUAAAGAAGAGGAAGACAAAAAACGGGCAAACAAACGUUUUACAACAUAAUGGGGACAAGUAAAGUGAAACAAAUUGCUGAAUGCCCUUUUAAAAAAAUUAUUUUUGUAAUUCCUGGAGCUUACUUCUGAGUUUGUUUCGAAGUUCAGCCUCGGCUAGAUUUUUAUUGUAAAUGCUAAUGUGUUUUUUUUUCUCCCCUGGGAACGCACAGAUGCGUACGCCCUUCGAGUCGGGAGUGAUGCAGGCCUACGUGUGACGCUCUUAGUUGCCUGCUGAGUUAAGACUUCCCGAGACCCAACCACAGCAAGCGACCAAUGAGAUCUCCCGGGAAGAAGCAGGAAAAAAAACCUGAGUUGAUGGGCCGCCAACUUCGAGAAUGGUGAGUGUGACCUUCCUUUUGAUACUUAUUAUCUCUCUUUUUUUCUUUUUCUUUUCUUUUCAGCAUUUCAAGAUCCUGCCAGCGAGGAGCUUAUAUUCCCGGAGUCCUAACUAAGUCUUACCUUAUAGUGCAGACCUGCACAAAUUCGCGAUGUUAUUUGCCGACAGUUAAGAUCCCCAAAUGUUCGCACACUCGUACGACCUUUUUCGUGGGUUAUUCGACACCACCCAAAGAACUAGAAGCCAAUUGCGAAACAACCAACGAACAGCUGAUCAAAUCACGUGCGACACAAAGCGAAACGUCCAAUUUUUUUCUAUCUCCACAACGUAGUUAAAUUGCGUAAUAUUGGUCAGCGUAAAAUUAAAACGACCGGCGUGGCUUGAGCGCCUGCGCGGAGACAUCUCUUCACGGCGAAGACGGUCGUACACUAGCCUUGAUGGACGAGUGCACUGUUAAACAUUUAUUUUUUUCUUUAAGUUUGGGUCUCCCUGGCCAUAUUGAUUUUUUUAUAAUUUUUUUUAUUUCUUAAAGGUCUAUUUCCAAAAUAUUAACUCCAUACCUCCCUUGCAUUUUUUGAUCUGCCAUAAGUUUUGUCACCAUAUAUUAAUUAUAGGCCUACUAGUUGAUUCUGUAGCAGCACAACAAAUGCAAGGGAGAUAACAAGUUAAAAAAAUACAAAAAAAACUUAAAUUAAAGUUAUUAGAUGUAAAUGAAAAAAGUCACUGCUCCCUGAUGAUGGCGACUGCAACUUCAACCAAAACGGUGUCUUUGCCUUCGACGCACCCAGAAGCCAAGCAACUCCAGACAAUGGACGCGGGAGCCUGCGAUCUUUAAUAGCAAACCUGAUUAAGUCUUAAGGAAAAGCAUUUUUCAUAAUCCCACGAGCCGCAAUUAGCACAUGGCAUCGACUUCAUUGUGCACACGUUUGGGGACUAACUUGCGCACAGAGGACAACGUGAAUUUGGCAGGUCUCUCUCUACUUAUGUUAUUGUUAUUAAUCAUCACGAUGGCUUGCAUGUUAACCUACCUGUGCCUGUUUGCUAUUUGACAUGUUUCCCCCAUCUGGUUGACGGUAUCUUGGAAGUAGCGUCAUGUUGACCGAGCAGCAUGAGUUCCGUGUGUUUUUUUUGUUUGCGCAUCAAUGUUGGCGUCUCUUGUAUCGUUGUACCUGCAGGUGAAGAUUGAGCCAGAACAGUUGAAACUUGCGGCUGUCAUUAAAAAUUCAAGAAAUUAAAAUUUCAUUGUCUCAGCUAAAUAGUGUCACUAUUUCAGACCCAGCGUUCGUUUUGGGGAGGGGGGGGGGAUAAUCAUUUUUACAGUUGCCACAAAGCAUUUCUUAAAUAUAUUGUAUAUAUUGUAGCGUCCUCUUCAAGCCUGUUCAUUUGUGGCCACAUAAUGUGUAACUAACAGUUUUGUAGCUAUAAAAAAAAAACAGUGGCUAGCAGGCCGUAAACCCACAAAACAUUUAUCAGGGGCAAAACAAAUGGUUCCUGUGCAGUUAGGCCCGUUCUACAGUGAGAUGGACACGGAGGCGGUUUCAUACGGAACAGAGUUUCUACAGUAGCACGCAGACGGAGACGGACACGUAUGGAUUAGCUCGGCACAACGCUGAGCUCUUCCGUUUACGUUGCUCCGUGAGACGAAGAGAAGCCGAGCACUUGGCUGCAGUAGUAUCCAUGUUUGUUUAUGUUAUAAAUACGGUGAAAAUGGUUUCAAGUACAAGAAUAUCUAGAGUUCCAUUAUUAAUUUGUCGUUUAAUUUUAUUAAUGGCCUGCAAUGAUCUGGAAGCAUGCUAGAUAAUAUUAAAUUAAUAUAUAUUUCGUAACUGAAAUAUUCAAUUCUUUACGUUUCCGUGAUUUGUGGGAGCAGCUGACGCGAUGGAGGAAUGUUCCGUGUGUUAUCCGUCUCCGUUCACAUGCCGUCGCAGGAGCUGGCGUUGGCGGGGUUCCGAUCAUCCAUUAAACAAUUCGCACGCUGAUGCAGUAGUCUCGCUCGUUGUUGCUUAAUGAGAUCAGAUAAAAGCUCCCGCACGACCCCGGCCAGUCAUUACAGUUCCCGGCCGCCGAGAAGUGGGAAAGAGGAGAGGGGAAGAGGUAGGUUAAGAAUGAUGUAGAGGGGAGCGGGAGAGACCCCAACACUGUGCGCAAACAGAGACGCAGGCCAUCGCGUCUCCCAGCCGCUGGAGAACUGAUACCUCCUGCUUUUUUAUUAUUAUUAUUUAUUGCCUUCAGGGCCAAGGUCAGACGUGGCCGGCUCUCUAGCCAUUGUGACGUCACUGCGGUGUGGAGGAGGUUUUCGCCCGGCUAAUCACUAUCAUUACCGGCUGCAUAUUGGACCACACCAAAGCCGACUGCUUUUUUUUUUUAAUACCUAACAUGUGAACUGAACAGCUGUCACUUGUGAACGUACAGUUUACAACCUUUGCGAAACUUGUAUCCUGUUUUAAAAGUUCGUUAUAUUCUUAACUCAAAACUUUUAGCAUUUUGAGAUGUGGAUAAUCAUAAUUACUAAACAUAGAAAAUUUAAUUUAAUUUAUUUUUAUUUUUUUUUCUGGCUAGCUGAACGAAGAAAAGUUAUGUGUGCAUAGGAGCAGGUAUUUUUCGCGUAAAAAAAAAAACCGCCCAUUAGACUGCAACGUGGUUUCUCUCUUGUAAUUGGCGGCCGUCUCCAGGAGAAGCAAUUGCAUUAUUCGACCGUGCCAUUCAGGAAGCGUUUGCUUCCGAACUGAAUUUAUUGUGAUUGGUGUGCUGGCAGCAGACAUGCACCUGAAAGAAACGCGACCAAUCACGAGACACAGACGAUGCUACAGUGUUUUUGACUAUCGGUUGGUCACGAAAUAUUCUCGCGGAAAAAAAAAAAUCACGCCCCCUGUGUAAGCAGCAGUGAUUGAACAUCCGAAAAAAAACAAAAAAAAAACGGGCGGGUUUCAGUCCAAACAGAUGCGUGUUUUCGAACGAAGUCUGGAGUCCUCCAAAGGCGGUUCGAAUAGACUGAACCCACAUUGAGAGAAAGGUUUGUUUGCCUCAACCAAAUUUUUGUUUAUAAAUGCCGAAAUAAAGAUAUAUUUGUUAAUUCAAAAAAAUAUUUUGUAGUAGGAAAGAUUCUGUUGGCCCAACAAAAUGAUUUUGUCAACUCAAAUGUAUAUUUGGCUAGGUGUAAUAAAUUAUUUUCGUUACUUACCGAGUUUGGUUAAACUAACACAAUAUUUUGUUUCACCAAGUAAAUAUUUGUUUCGCCAUAUAUAAACAAAUAUUUGUUUGAUUCAACCAAACCUUUUUCUCUGUGCACGCUGUCUGGGUAGCUUGAAAAAUUCAGUGCGCUUUCUGUGUCCGACCCGCUGCAACGACCGUGGCGUGUCUCAGCCUUAGUUUGCAAUGCAACGCGCUGACCUUUAGUCGGUGUGCUCUGUCGCCACAUAUUCGCAAUGGAGCGCAAAUAGCUUUAGGUACAAUUGUAUAAUGUAAUGACAUUAUUUUUAAUAUAUCUGAAUCUAGUUUAUUUUUAAAGAAAAAAAGUUUGGAUUAAAAAUUCGGUAACAUAUUUUCCUGUUAUACUUCAUCAAGCGCAUCAGAUGACAGUAUUCAAUUUUUACUUCUCAGGGGGCGUAACUGAAAGACUCCAUCUGGAUUAUAACCGGGUUUUGAACAAAAUUGUUUAUAUCAUUAAACAUUCUUAUUUUUGUCUCUGUUUGAGGAUAGUACAUGAUUUAAUUGAAUUCUUUGUGACCGACUGUUACAAAUAGUACCUAUUCUGUGUUUAGCAUAGAAUAAUUUUUUUGUCCUUCAGAAUGACUACAACUGUAAUAAUGUCAACAGAUACUAUUUUAAAGUCUUAGAAAAAUCAAGAAGUAGUAAAAUUAAAACUUAAUUAACGGUGGUAGUGACACAAAAUAAUUUUGUUUAAUGUUAACAAGCCGGGUACUGCCAGUGGUUGCCAUUACUCUGUACUGCUAACUAAUAAUAGUGAGGCACGCUAAGUUUCGAGCCCACGUAUGUCCAUGCAUCAUCUUGGUCGUUCGCACAUGGGCACUGGUCAAGGCGGCGUUCAGUUCACAUGUUGCCUGGCGGUUACUGGUGGCACGAUACAGUGAGUGCACUAUCACUGUGGCUAGAGGGCUCCGGGCUGCUGGCUGUGGGGACACACGGUCCGCGAACUAAGGGCGCAGACUCGAAUCCGCGGAUUCAAAUGUACGAGUAACUGCCUCGAACAAGGACUGGCGGAGCAAAUACUAGUCUACGAGACAACUACACAGUAAACGGCAGCGUUGUAGAAAGUGUUGUGAUCACGAGCAACGAGCAAUGUACGAGUAGCGUGUCGCUCAUUGUAAUAAAACGUGUGAUGUGCAAAGACAACUGAAAUUUUUGGUUUAUUGUGAUGCAUUGACUUUGCACAAGUAUUUGUUGUAUGUUUUUACUCAUUAUAAUUUCAUUGAAAUGAUAAAUCCCCUAAUCCCUUCAUCAAUAAUCUUUGUUUAAUGGAAUAGAUUUUCGUCCUCACUAUUUCUUUAUAUUGCUUUAUUUUACAAGUGGUUAGGUUACUUUGUUUAGCUCUAUGUCAACACACUACCUUUUUAAAAAAUUAAUUCACAAAAAUAAACUACACUUAAAAUAUAUUUGUUUUUGCAAACAAUAAAACGUUAGCGUUCGUUUCGCCAAAAUAGUUUUUUUUUUUGUUUUAAAUUUUGUUGAAGUAGAAGAAGGGUUUCAAUAUCCCACCUGUAUUUAAAACAAAAUAGUUGCAGUAAUAUCUCAAUCUUUGCUCAGGUAAAUAUAAUAUUUUGUAGUUAUCACUGCGAUCAUGUUGUUAGCUAUCGGGAACAAGUAGUUUGGUGGUGGUAACCAGCCAACUAUUAAGUAUGACGGUAUUACUACACUUGUAGGUAAUACCAACAGAAGGAAGUUUAUUCCGUGAAAUAUUGGUUACUUUCACAAGGUGAAAGGAACACAUAUGGGGGUAAUUUCAUUACUGAGUUUUUUUUUUUUCAGUAAUGUGCUUCUGCUUGUAUAAAUUAGCCUACUUUGUAUGUACUUAUAGUAUAAAAAUGAUAAAUUGUUUAUAAAUUUUUAUAUCAUGUCCAUAUAAGCUUAUUUAAUGAUUUUAAGAACUUUUAAUUUUAAUUAAUAUUUCAACCCUAGAAUUAAAUGAUCUUAUGUACCUAAUAUUGUCCUAAACAGUUUUGAAUUGAACCAUUUGUGUGUAAGCCUUCGUUGAAAAACUCUUUAAUUAUAAAAUAUAGUCAAUUAUUAUACAUUCUGUUUUCCCAAAAUUUCUGAAGAAAAAUUUUUUUUCCAGGAAUAUUUUGAUUACAAAAUUUUGCCACAUAUAUAUAUAAAAUAACGUCCCAAAAUUAAAGAGUUAUACCUACUACAAAGGCUACAUACAAACGGAAAUUCAGAACUGUGUACGACCUGAUUUCGUUCUCAGUUCAAGCAAGGAUUAAAAUAUAUAUAAAUUUAUAUUAAAUGUUCUUUUAACCUUUAAAAAUCUCUCAUUGAAUUAAUAAAACUAUACUCAAUUAAAUUAAUUACAUAAAUCAAAUCUAUUCCACCUAUAGGGCCAUAUCAAUGGAAGAACUAAAGUGCUGGAAUUCGGUCACCAGACUAUAAAGUGGAAUCUGGAAGGUGUUCCCUUCAACGGUGCAACAGGCAACGAACACCCCAAAUUUUGUUGCAAUAAAGAACACCGUUUCUUCUCCGGCUGGUUUUACAAGUUUUUAUUACAUGCCCUAAUUAGACGGAGCUCGUGAAACAUCUGUAUGCCUACAAAAGAGCGUUUAGAACAGCUGCAGGAAGGUGUAGCACGCCUUCAGUCGAACUAGAGGGCUUAUCUUGAUGGGACUGGUUCGCUCGGAGCGGAAGGCACAAAGUUUCGAGCAAUUUUGAAAGAGGGGAAGGGUCGCAAUGUAACGUUCUGCCGCGAGCGCUAUCGCUGAAAUGCACCUUGUUCGGCAGAAUGUCGAGAUGCUUGUCUGGCCAGACUGCACCGCUUUGCACAAAAGAAGAAAAAAAACCUCGAGAACACGCUUAAAAACACGCAUAAGCCGAUUAAGUAACGACUACAGCUGUGGUAUUUCGCUUCACACCGGUUAAUAAACAUAUAUAUAUAUUUUUUUUUUUAAUAGAGCAAGUUUUAUUUUAAGAAUAAAAAUAAAAAAACGUUAUCCAAACUAAUGCUAAGUUCCACCAACAAUUUUCUCCCGUACCUGUUCUUCAAAUUGAAAUUUAUUGAACCAAUGCUGUGUCUAUAUUACGGCAAAGAUAAAUACAGAAUAUCUUGAUUAAUAUUAAAAAAUUAUGUUAAUUUGAGAAUUAUUUAUAUAAGUUAUAUAUACCGUAAGGAUACAUAAACUAGCAUCUCUCUAACGUACGUGUGCACCACGUGCUGGUAUGUCAUGGUUAUUUUUUUAUAUAAGUAACGGUUUAAUUAGCGUAAGCCAAGAAAUCAAUCAACUGGUUGCUUUUGUCAGGUUUCAAUUACAAAUAUUCCUAUAUAUAACCUAGCCCAUGUCUGUCUGGAUUAAUGCAGCUUUGUAGCACUGUAAACGUUUUCGAAUUUGCUUCUUACAAACGAACAAAUAAACUUAAAACUCUCCCUUUGUAAUAGUAGUAUUUAUGAUAUGACUUUUUAGCUUUUACGAUUAUUAAGACUUAGAGUUGCAAGUCUACAGCAAAUACAGUUCAACAGUUAGAAUUUAAAAAAAAUACAGGUUAGUUCUAUUUUACACAUUUCUGACAGCCUGAAAAGUCAUUAACAAAAAUUACUAACAGCACAUUACCACUAAACAAGUGAAAUAAUACAUUUUCACACAAACCAAUUGAACCAACUGCAAAGGUCGGGUGAAGAUAGUAAGUUACUUCUACAUUUUCUUUAUGUAUACACAUAUUAGCUUUCUGAAUACGACAUUUGGUAGGAGUAAAUUCGUGAAAAUGAAAUGGAAGUCGAUAAACGUAAAUAUGUCACAAAGAUGGGAGACCCACGUGUAGAAAUAUAAAACUGUAUAAAGUCACUUUCGUAAUAAUUUAGGGCACAUACCAAACGUAUCGGUGUGCCAAAUUAAACAUUAUGAUAAUGAAAUAUUUAAUAUAUAUAAUAUAUUUGUUAUCUAUAUUCUCCUUCUCCAAGAGCCUUAGUAGCAGCACUGCGGUAGUGCGCGCUUGGUAACCUCAAGGGGCGUGGUCCAAAUCUCGUUACUGGAAUUUUUUAUUUUUUAAAUAACAUAAUAUAAUAAUGUAUAAUCAGCUCAAUAAGGUUAAGGUUUGUCUGUAGUAAGUAUUGAAAGACUUAUUUCAGUCGUUUUAAGUAAAAAUAAUUUUCAAAUACUUUCAUAUACUUCUUGUUAAAUAUAUGUUUUAAAAUAUUUCGGGUUAAUAUUUUUUUAGUAAUGCUAUAGAAUAUUAACUUCUUACGUUUGUAGAAACUUUCUAGUUAUAACUUUUUAGUGAAUUAAAAAAAUGGACUUUAUUUUAAUAAAAUUUCUUGUCCAAAAGUAUGUAAAAAAACCGGGAUUUUACCAGAGCCUUUCAAGUUUUUUUGUUCUGCUAGUUGCUAUCUGCGUUUGGUGUUGGCAAGCAACGUUUACGAUUCAGGCAGCGAAUUCUAGCGGAGGGCGCAGAAAGUACCUGUGUGAUUCGCGUCCAGAUAUUUUGGUAUGUGGAAAGCGUCUAUUUUAUUUAUAUUUUUAUUUAUCACGCUGACAUUAUUUAAAAGUUUUAUACGUUAAAUUACGUGUCCGAGUUUCGUAUAAUAAGUUUAUUUGCAAGGUGAACAACAUUAGAAAACAUGAAUUCGCUUGUUACCGAGGUUAGAGGUUUACAUAUCACAAGCGCAUACUGAAAGCCACGCUCACUUUUCUUUUUGUUUUACAAAUAUCGUUACGCAGCUUGUAAUGAAGCUUUCGUUUGGUAUAUAAUGUCUCAACAAGGCACAGGAACUAUCCUUGGUCAAAAUAUGAAGCCAAUACAUGUGAGCUGGUGUGAUUUAUUAUGACGGUUGUAGCUAUUCCCGUGAAGUAGUCAGUUAUUUUGUCUAGUGGUUACAUACUGUAAAAUUUUACUAUGCGCAGGUUUCCAACAGGUUAUAAGAGCGGGGGGAGAUAUUAUUAUGCCUUUUCAUGCUAAAAAUAUCGAGAUAAAUAAUUUAUUCAAAAUUUUGAGAACCAUAGAACCAAUUUAUAUUUAAAAUCUAGCAUAAAUCAGUGGUGGACCAGGUUUCGAAUCUUGGGAGGGCGAUUGUAUCGAAGAGUUUUGUGUUGUACGGAAUACCUACCAUUUAAAUGGGAAGUCCGAAAUCAAAAAUAAAAUAAGUUUUGUUUAAACAAUUAUUUUACGCGUAAGUAAUUAACAAAACUAUGUUUCAUCUUAUUUUUAAGAUUGUUAAUUUAAAAAAAAUUAAAGUCCAGUGCCACAAAAUAAAAAUAAAUAAUGCAUUACAUUUAUUUAGUUUAUAUAAUUAGAGACUGGAAAUCUCCGUGGUUUCAUUUCGUGGUAGGCUAGAAUUCAAAUUGUUUUAUCAUUUUAUAUGCUUCAAAAAUACUCUGAGCCAGUGAGAAACACACAUCAAUAAAGGUAUCGAAUCACAGGCAACCCAGUUUAUAAAUCUCUCAAGUGAGCAACCAAUUGGCAGAGGAGUCUAUCCUAGAUGUUUCCAGUCCUUAUCUAUAGCCAUGGAGAUAGGAACCAUUUCCCCCAACGGAACACCAUUGGCUUGAAUUUUAAGCAUAAAAUCAUGCUAUUAGUAUAAUUUUGAUUUUACCGAAUCUAUGCAGCGUUUGCCGUAAAACUAUUUUUAUAUCAUCCAUAAAGAGAAAACAAUUAGGAAAAAAAUCCCACGUUUCAAGGCUAUUUGGAAAACUAUAUUUUAAUUGUUUUAAAAUGAUAUCCCUAUAAAUAAAAGUUUAAAAACGAAAGCCACAUACAAACGUUUAGUUCAAAACUGCAUACACCACUAUUACAUUAUAUUUGUACAUGCGGGGAUGGAAAUGUGAGUUUGACUUUUAAGUUUCUCAAAGCUAUUAGGUAUACACUUAAAAAAUUGAUAGAAUGUUUAUAUACUAUUGUCCAAUGUUAUGAAUUCAUUAAAAAUCGUGAUUGAAAUCACGAAUUUAUGGAAGAUUUUUACAGUAGAACCUCUACUUAUUUCCUGUGGAUCGAUGCGAUUCGUCCACUCUGCUGCUAGCUGACUGGUCCACAGUAGUAGAGGCGAAUGUCCAAACAGUAGUGACCCAAUCAUUUAAAGAAUUGCAAAGGCAUACUUGUUUGCAGUCUAUUUAUCGACAAAAAAAAAUCCUAGAAUAUCUUUGACGUGUACCUAUUGGUAUGCAUUAUAGUGUGGAUUCCUUAUCGUUCCUACCACCUUCCUUAACCUUCCUAUCGCCUUACUUAUCCUCUUAGCAAAAAACAUGUAAGUCCCAAUUCAAAAAUUUAUUUUGUUUGAAUUUUAAUCAAUUUUCUUUUGAGUUGCCGUUGAUGUGGAAAACAAUAACGAAAGAAAAAAAAAUGACGAAUUAAGUUUUUACAAAAAAAUAUUUGGGCUUUGUAUGUCACUUAGAAAUUAAGAAUGAACAACAAGCACAUAGGGUUACUAAUUGUAUUUUUUUAUUUUUUUCCGGAUUUCGUCUUUUAAGGGUGGGAAAAGGAGUAAAUGAUGUUUUAUCAUAAACAUUUCAUAGCUUCAUAACAAAUAAAGCUGGAUGUAACAAACGUAGCAUAAUUAACGUAAAUAACUAAUUAUGUAGAGUGAAACGGGGACACGUUAGUUUUUAUAGUAGUAAAUAAUAUAUCCAAGCAAAUUAAGACGAAGGUAAAAAAACUGAGCAAGAAUAAGGUAGAAAUUAUGAUUUAAUAUUAGUUUUAACCUGUACGCUCCCAUUUAUCUAUAUUUGACGUAAAAA